AUGUCAGUCGUUUGCACUGAAGGUGGCCGGAAGUCCAACGACGGUGACUGCGGAUUUCGCCAUCAUCCCAUGGAAAACAGCUGCAAUGACUUGAUUGAUGCAGAGCCACAUUCGACUCUCCUGUCUAAUCAGGCUCAGGUCAUUGCCAACAGAUUCAGCAAAGAUUUUCAAGCUUCCUUCGGAGACCCACACAGCAGACUACGUAGACAGUCAGCUCUCUGCAUUCGUGGGUCUUCUGCUGAGCCUGUAUGGACUUCCAGGAGUAAUUCGGCGUUGACGUUGGUUGUGACGACGAUGCGCAGAACUCAACACUGCCUACGUUGGGAUUUGCAUCGUCAAUGCAGAUAUGUCCUGAAGGAGUUCAUCCAGCCUCACCAGAACGUCUACGAAUUCGAGGAGCGGGCCUCCUGCAUACUCUGCUCUGUCGAUCUCCAAAUGAGUCGUGAGGUCUUCGCUAAACCUCUUGAAAAUCAUCUGCGCCUUAGGCGACAGGACACUCAAGUCUGUCUCCGCGUCACGCAAGUCAUCGCUACUGUUUCCACGAGGUGA